AUGUCGUUCAAGUUUCCGUCCUUAAAACAGUUUAAACAUAUUCGGAGGACAAUGGACGAAUGGCGCCGAUGGGAGGUGGAGCUGAAAGAACUUCCUGCAAAAGCAUCAAGAGCUAGUUCGACAGGCAAUGACGGUCGCCCGGCUGACAAUCGUGCGAGGAGGAACUACGAUGAAUGUCUUUAUCUCGCAUACAAGAAGGGGUUAUCGCUCAUCUUGAAUGGUGAGGAGAUACCCGGGAUCACUGACAGAAACCAUUUAGACGAUCCUCCUUGGAGUUUAAGAUCGUUCAAAUCGCGCAUUGGUGGCCUCGACACUGACGAGGAUCCAGCAGCGCAUGCUAAAACAUCGCCACAACUUCAACCGCCACCCUCACGGCUACUAGAAGAAUCAGAAGCGUCACCCCAACUGCAAAACAAACAAGGCGACAACGACGCUGCUGCUCCAUCCGCCAAAGGUGACACAGUGCGAAAUGACAAAGAUGACGCAUCUCGUAAUACCGAAGAUGAUGCAACUCAUGAUACCGACGGUGAUGCAGCUCGUAUUGGUGUUCGUGAUACCCCACGUAACGCCGGUAUUGAUGUCACUCGUGAGUUUACUCGUGAUGUCGACGGUGACGCAGCUCGUAUUGAUUUUCGUGAUACCGCACGUAACGCCGGUAUUGAUGCCACUCGUGAGCUUACUCAUACUGCUCGACGAGUCAAACGUGAUGCCAACGGUGACUCCGGUCGUAGUACGGCAAUUACCGAACGGGGUGUUGAAGUAACGAACGACUACAACGCUACUGCUCCAUCCGCCAAAGGUGACACAGCGCGUAAUACCAAAGAUGACGCAUCUCGUAAUACCGAAGAUGAUGCAACCCAUGAUACCGACGGUGAUGCAGCUCGUAUUGGUGUUCGUGAUACCCCACAUAGCGCCGGUAUUGAUGCCACUCGUGAGCUUACUUGUGAUGCCGACGGUGACGCAGCUCUUAGUACGGCAAUUACCGAACGGGGUGUUGAAGUAUUUAACGACUACGACGCUGCUGCUCCAUCCGCCAAAGGUGACACAGCGCGAAAUGACAAAGAUGAAGCAUCUCGUAAUACCGAAGAUGAUGCAACUCGUGAUGCCGACGGUGACGCAGCUCGUAUUGAUUUUCGUGAUACCGCACAAAACGACGGUAUUGAUUCCACUCGUGAGCUUACUCGUGAUGCCGACGAUGAUUCUUCUCGCGACACUGCUCGUAGGAUGCCAAAGCUGCCGUCGCUUGAGAUACUGCUCGACGAGUCAAACGUGAUUCCAACGGUGACGCCGCCGGUCGUAGUACGGCAAGUGAUACCGAACGGGGUAAUGCCGAAGGUAACUCCGCUUAUGAUUAUACUUGUGGUGCUGGAUGUGACGCCGAAGACGAUGCUGAAGUUGACGUCUAAGGUACUGCCGCUUGUGAUAUUAUUCUUCAUACUGCUCGUGAUACUUCUCGUGAUGCCGGAUGUGGCGCUGAAGCCAGAGCAAGAGACUAAAGAUGUUGCAGAGAAAAAGGCAGGAGCCCAAUUGCUAAAGCGACAAAUGCAAAAGGAGCAAAAGCAGUCGAAUCGGCGGGUGAAUGAAGAAGCGACAAUCAAGUCAUCAAUGGGCAAAGCAUCGAUUAUUGAAGCAGCGGUGAUCGACGCAGGCAGCAAAUAA